AUGGGAUAUUCUUUAGAUCGAAACAGAACAGCACCUGGAUGGGCUAAGCUGCAUAGAAUUACCAGAGGUGGCCUGCAAACACCCAUAAUACAUGGCAAUCUCAAAUCCAAGAACAUACUAAUAGAUGAAAAUUAUGAAGCCCAUCUUUCUGACUUUGGGUUUCAUGAGUUUAUGAACCAGAGUUCAAAGAUUGCAAUGCUAGAAGCUUCUGCCUCGCAAGGUUACCUAGCACCUGAAGUCCUGAAGCUGAAGAAGCUAAACACAAAAUCAGAUACAUACAGUUUUGGUAUCAUUUUACUCGAUAUUCUCAUUCGGAGAAGACCGGAUGAAAGGGAUUCAGCCAAUCAGAUUGUCGAUCUACCAAUGGUUGUGAAGAAUUUUGUGCUGGAUGAGAGGAUUUCGGAGCUUUUUAGCCCAGCGAUUCUUGGGGGAGGAACAAGAAGCCCAACUGAGGAAGGGCUGCUUCAAAUUUUGCAACUUGCAAUGGGAUGUUGUGCACCUUCUCACUCAGUUAGACCUGAUAUGAGAGAGGUUGUAAGGCAACUAGAGAAGAUCUGUCCUGCACCUCUGUCCCCAACAUAUGGCUUUUCUCCACAAUAUACUUCUGAUGACAGAAGUAGCAGGGAGUCUGUCCUGUGA